AUGCGUUGGGACUAUGCAGAGGGCCCUGGGCACGGCGCCUGGGGCACGCCGAGCUCGAAUUUUAACUUUUGUGAAGAGGACUACGUGAUUACACACUACAUCGCUGAGUUUGUGAACACGCUCACAAACUUGACCUACGUGAUCUACGGUAUACAUGGCCUUCGAAGGGUCAGCCCUCGCAAAGAUGGCGGACUGUUCUCGACAUUGGCAUUUCCGUACUGGGGAUUAAUUGGUGUGGGUGUACUUUCAGCCUGGUUCCAUGCCACUUUGAACUACCACAGCCAGAUGGGCGACGAUCUCUCUAUGUUCCUCGCCGUCGGCGCUCUCCUCAACCAACUCCAGACCUUCAAUCAACCCCUGCCCACUCGUCGAUUCAGAACCCUUCUCAUCGUUGGCAUCCUGAUCCCUGUCUCGGUCUACCACUGCUGGGCAGACGAGCUCUACGUGCACCAGAUCACUUUCGCUACCAUGGUGCUCUUAUGUGGUAGGGAAAUUCGCAAGCUCGUUCGUGAGCGCGUUCCCAAUGCAGAGCAGAGAAGCAAAAUACUUAGCUUGGCAAAUGGAGGGCUAGCUACUGGACUCUUCGGCUACUUCUUGUGGAAUAUCGACGAGCACUUCUGCGAGCGUGUGACGGCUGUGAAGCACGCCAUUGGUCUGCCGUGGGCUUUCAUCUUCGAGCUGCAUGGCUGGUGGCAUAUCUUGACAGGCAUUGGGGCAUACGUUGGCAUGGCGGUCGUCGAAUACCUUGUCACAAUCGAAGACGGAAGGACGGACAAGGUCGAAGACGGAUUCGUCUGGCCCGUGAGCGCUGUCCUGCGAAACCUCGAUGCCGCUUCGUCAGGCAAGAAGACUCUGUAA